AUGGCCGAGCGCCGGGCGGGCGCCAAGGGGCGGCGCAUGGGCUCCAGCCGGCGCAAGCAGCUGCGUGAGGGCUAUGGGGGGGACCCAGCAACAGCCCCUGGCCCCAGCGAGGCACCAGCAACAGCCCCCAGCCCCAGUGAAACACCAGCAAGAGCCCCCGGUCCCACUGAGGGGCCGCUGUGGGCAUCCGAAAUCGUGCAGAGGGUGCAGGAGCUCUUCAGGGACAAGGACCAGGCGGGGUUCAUCACCCGCUCGGACAUGCAGUUCCUGAGCUCCCAAAAAGCCACCAGCGAUCACCGCCGGCGGAAAACGGCGUCCAGGAGGGUCCGCCUGGUCCUCCCCAGUCCGCUGUUGGAGGACAGCGAGGAGCAGAGACACUUUGCUGCCUUCAUGGCCCAGCUGGGCAUAGACAACACCUCUGAGGACUGCAGGCAGGAGAUCUGGCAGCUCUGGGUGAAGCUCCGUCAAGAUGAACCCCAGCUCUUGGGCAACCUGGAGGGCUUCCUGGCCAGGAUGAAGGACCGCAUCCAAGAAGCCAGGAGCAAGAAGGAGGCUUUGGAAGUGACCCUGAACAAACGCGUGGCUGAGCACGACCAGGAGGUGCAGCAGCUCUGCCAGGCCCUGGAGCAGCAGAUCCAGCAGGAACAGCAGCGGCUGGAGCAGGAGAGCAUGGUCCGGAGCCACCAGCACAGCGUGGAGCUGCAGCAGGCGCUGGAUGCCAGCGAGAGGGAGGUGCAGCGCUUGGUGACGGCACAGAUGGAGCUGGAGACGCGGUGCCGCAGCCUCCGCAGCUCACAACAAGCCACCAGCACCGAAAACCGGCAGCUGGAGGAGAGCAACCGGGCGCUGCAGGACCAUCUGCAGCACCUCCACCAGCAGCUCCAGCAGACCCAGGGGCGCCUGCGGACGGCGAGGGCCACAGUGGCUGGGGAGCACGCGGAGGAGCCCAGGGGCAGAACGGUGGUGGUGGAGCUGCCCGGUGUGAUGCCCCUGUCCCCGCAGACCAGUCCGGAGAGGAGCGAGAAGUACCGCUCUGAGAUGCGGAUCAGGCUGGGGUCCUCCCAGAGCGAGGAGCCCAAAGCCAGGAACACCCACCAAGCGGUUUGGGAGGUUCUGCCAGCAGAAAGCAGCCCUUUGGGAGCCCUGCGGAGAGCGAGCUCUGCAGAAGAGGACCCGUUCCCCGAAAUGCUGAAAGAGGAACGCUUUUCUGACCAAAGCUCUUUGCUAACAGAGAUGAAUGACGCAAUAGCGGCUCUGAGCCAACAGCUGAAGCCGCAGGGGCUGGGUGCACCCCCCCGGGAUGAUGCUGAGCCCAAAACAGGGCUGGAGGCAGCCACAGGGGACUUGCAAGAGACCCUCCCCGGUCAGGAGCUGUUUGGAGGAGACCCGAAAUUGGGACCAGCUGCAGCUGAGCUUGGUGCUCCAGAUGUGACCCAGACUGGUGCGUCCGCGGGAGCCGGGCACCACGGGGCUCAGGAGCCGGGGGCAGAGCAGGGAGAGAGCCCAGAGGAGGCGCAGAGGAGGUUAUUCCCGCAGGGAAAGGGUCCUGGUGCCGAGGAGCUGAUGCUGAAGGUGACCGAGCAUCUGCAAGGACCUGAGAGCGCGGAGGAGAGCGAGCAGGCGGUGAUGGAGGUGGAGGGAAAAACAGGGUGGGAGAAAGCACAGUCCCCAGGAGAAGCUGAGGAAGCAGCGUUAAGCCAGGGAGAAAAUCCAGAGGCAGGUUUGGGGGCGGCUGAGGCUGGGGAUGCAGGGAUUGCAGAGGGAUGGUGGUUUGCUAUGGGUGAGCUUGGCCCGGCUGCAGCUCCGGGAGAUGGGGAUGCGAGGCUGGGGGAAGAGGCUGAGCCAUCACUGGGGCUCUCUGAGAAACUUGAAAUGAAGCCAGGAGAGCACCUGGAGCCACAGCCAGCGUCCUGUGCAGCCACACGGCUCAUGGUGGAGGCUGAGGAUGGGGCACAAGGACAGAAUGAGCCUGAGCUGCCACAGGAGCCUGUGCUUGAUCCGCAGGCAGCAGGAGUUGGGCAGGGAGAGUGGGAUGGUCUGGGUGUGCAGCCCCCUGAGGAUGCUGUAACCAUGGAGGUGCUGGAGGACCAGAGCAGUGGUGCUAAAGUGCAGCUGAUUGCAGAGGUGGAUGAGUUCAAAUCAACCCUGGGAGAGGGCACAGAGACAGAUCUGCAGAACUUGAGUGAGUUCAGCUCCCCAGGGACAGAGCAGGGAGGGAGAGUGGCUGCAGAUGUGCAACCCCGGGAUCAGAUCGAUAAGUCAGAGUUAGUGAAAAUGGUGGAAGCAGAGGACACUGAGGCAGUUGUGUUGAUGCUUGGGCAUGCCAGCUCAGAAAUCCCCCAGGUAGGAGGGUACCACACAGCCGUACAGCUCGGUGAGGAGGCUGAGGAUGGGACACAGGGACAGGACAAGUGUGAGUCACCACAGGAGACUGUGCUUGAACCACAGGGAGCAGGAGCUGGGCAGGGAGAGUGGGAUGAUGUGGGUGUGCAGCCCCUUGAAGAUGCUGUAAACAUGGAGAUGCUGGAGGACCAGGGCAGUGAUACCAAUGUGCAGCUGAUUGCAGAGGUGGAUGAGCUCAAAUCAACCCUGGGAGAGGGCACAGAGACAGAUCUGCAGAACUCAAGUGAGUUCAGCUCCCUGGAUACAGAGCAGGGAGGGAGAGUGGCUCCAGAUGUGCAACCCCUGGAUCAGAUCGAUAAGUCAGAGUUAGUGGAAAUGGUGGAAGCAGAGGACACCCAGGCAGACGUGCAGCUCGGUGGGGAUGCCAGCCCAGAAACCACCCAGCAUGGGGAGGAUCCUGCAGCCAUACAGCUCAUGAAGGAGGCUGAGGAUGGAGCACAAGGGCAGGGUGAGUGUGUGCUGGAUCCACAAGGAGCAGGAGCUGGGCAGGGAGAGGGGGCUGGGGCAGGGGUGCAGCCCCCUGAGGAUGCUGUAACCAUGGAGGUGCUGGAGGACCAGAGCAAUGGUGCUAAAGUGCAGCUGCUUGCAGAGGUGGAUGAGCUCAAAUCAGCCCCAGGAGGGAGCACUGGGACAGAUUUGCAGCUCCUAAUGGAGGCCGACACCUCAAGGACAGAGCAGGGAGGGAGAGUGGCUCCAGAUGUGCAACCCCUGGAUCAGGCUGAUGAACCAGAGUUGGUGGAAAUGGUGGAGGGAGAGGACACCCAGGUUGAUAUACAGAUGCUUGGGCAUGCCAGCCCAGAAAUCCCCCAAGGAGGAGGGAACUGCAUAGCCAUACAUCUCAGGGAGGAGGCUGAGGAUGUGACACAGGGACAGGAUGAGCAUGAGUCGCCACAGAAGCCUGUGCUUGAUCUGCAGGGAGCAGGAGCUGGGCAGGGAGAGGGGGCUGGUGUGGGUGUGCAGUCCCCUGAGGAUGCUGUAACCAUGGAGGUGCUGGAGGACGAGAGCAAUGGUGCUAAUGUGCAGCUGAUUGCAAAGGUGGACGAGCUCAAAUCAACCCCAAGAGGGAGAACUGAGACAGAUCUGCAGCCCCCAAGCCUGAGUGAGGCCAGAUCCUCAGGGACAGAGCAGGGAGGCAGUGUGGCUCCAGAUGUGCAACCCCUGGAUCAGGUCGAUAAGCCGGAGUUGGUGGAAAUGGUGGAAGCAGAGGACACCCAGACAGACACACAGCUGGGUGGGGAUGCCAGCCCAGAGACUCUCCAGCAUGGGGAGGAUCCUGCAGCCGUACAGCUCAUGGAGGAGGCUGAGGAUGGGCAAGAAGGGCAGGGUGAGCGAGUGCUGCUACAUAAGCCUGUGCUUCAGCUCCAUGGAGUGGACAUCAGGCAGGGAGAAGGGGCUGAUGGAGGUGUGCAGCCACGGGAGGAGGCUGAAAACCUGGACACACCAGAGGACCAGGGCACUGAUGCACAUGUGCAGGUGAUUGCGGAGGUGGACGAGCUCAAAUUGACCCCAGGAGGGAGCAUGGAGACAGAUUUGCAGUCUCUGAGGGAAGCUGGCUACUCAAGGACAGAGCAGGGAGGCAGUGUGGCUCCAGAUGUGCAACCCCGGGAUCAGGCUGAUGAACCGGAGUUGGUGAAACUGGAGAUAGAGGAUGCCCAGGCAGACAUGCAGCUGCGUGGGGGUGACAGCACAGAGGCCCCGUGGGGAGAGGAAGCUGGAGCAGCCACACAGCUUGAGGAGGAGGCUGAGGAUGGGACACAAGAACAGGAUGAGCCUGAGCUGCCACAGGAGCUUGUGCUUGAUCUGCAGGGAGCAGGAGUUGGGCAGGGAGAAGGGGCUGGUGUGGGUGUGCAGCCCCCUGAGGAUGCUGUAACCAUGGAGGUGCUGGAGGACCAGGGCAGUGGUGCUAACGUGCAGCUGAUUGCAGAGGUGGAUGAGCUCAAAUCAACCCUGGGAGAGGGCACAGAGACAGAUCUGCAGAACUUGAGUGAGUUCAGCUCCCUGGAUACAGAGCAGGGAGGGAGAGUGGCUCCAGAUGUGCAACCCCUGGAUCAGGUCGAUGAACCAGAGUUGGUGGAAACGGAGGAGGGAGAGAACACCCAGGCUGAUAUACAGAUGCUUGGGCAUGCCAGGCCAGAAAUCCCCCAAGGAGGAGGGAACCACAUAGCCAUACAUCUCAGGGAGGAGGCUGAGGAUGUGACACAGGGACAGGAUGAGCAUGAGUCACCACAGAAGCCUGUGCUUGAUCUGCAGGGAGCAGGAGCUGGGCAGGGAGAGGGGGCUGGUGUGGGUGUGCAGCCCCCUGAGGAUGCUGUAACCAUGGAGGUGCUGGAGGAUCAGGGCUGUGGUGCCAAUGUGCAGGUGAUUGCAGAGGUGGACGAGCUCAAAUCAGCCCCAAGAGGGAGCAUGGAGACAGAUCUGCAGCCUGUGAGGGAGCAGGGAGGGAGCAUGGGUCCAGAUGUGCACCCCCUGGCUCAGGUCGAUAAACCAGAGGUGGUGGAAAUGGUGAUGGCAGAGGACACCCAGGCUGAUAUGCUGACACUUAGAGAUGCCAGCCCAGAAGCCCUCCAGGGAGGAGGGUACCACACAGCCGUACAUCUCAGGGAGGAGGUUGAGGAUGGGGCACAAGGACAGGACGAGCGUGAGCUGUCACAGGAGCCUGUGCUGGAUCCACAGGGAGCAGGAGUUGGGCAGGGCGAGGGGGCUGGUGUGGGUGUGCAGCCCCCUGAGGAUGCUGUAACCAUGGAGGUGCUGGAGGACCAGAGCGCUGAUACCAACGUGCAGCUGCUUACAGAGGCAGAGGAGCUCAAACCAAUGCCAGGAGGGAGCACAGGGGCAGAUCUGGCAUCCCUGGGCACAGCUGGGAUGAAGGAAGGGGAGCAGAGCCCAAAUUCUGGGUGGGAGGCAGGUCUGGGCACAGCUCCCACUGCAGAUGUGUGGGAGGGGGCUGCUGCUGUCCCUGUGCCCCCUCCACCUGAGCCCACUUCAUAUCCUGAGGGUGCCCCUGUGGCUGAGGGUCCUGGGCUGGGAAUGGAGCUGGGAGCACCCCCUGUUCCUGAUGGGCAGAUCCCAGAGGACACCCAGACACUGGAAUUACUGCAGGGAGAAGGGGCUGCUGCAGAGGGGAGGCCUCUGGAUGGAGCUCAAGGCCUGGGAGCAGUGCAGGGAGAGAGGCUGGAGGCACAGACGAGGAGUUCAGGGGAAACUGAGGUUCCAGGGAUAAAGCAGGACCACGAUGCUGGUGCAUCUGCACUGUCCCUCCCAGUCCCCAAGGUGCCGUUACCAAUCAGCGUGUUAAAGCUGGAAACGCUGAUGCAGGAGGAUGUUCUCGUUCCAGAUGUGCAGACAGCCCAAAGCGAGCUUCAGGAGCAGGUCCCGGCACAGGCAGAUAAGGUGAAGCUUCACACUGCAUCCCAGAAGCUGCCGCAGGUGAUGGAAACGGAGCAGGUAUCUGCCAAACCUGCCCAGCCUCCAAAAGAAGAGGUGCCACCAGCAUCAACCAUUCACGUGGGGGUCCGGCAGGAGGAAGAUGCUGGCAGUGAUCAGUUGGGGACGGUCCUCAGAGAUGGCUCCUUGGGGGAUGCAGCCAACAGCAGGAUGCAGCUCUCGGGAGAAGAGAGCAAAGACCUUGAUGUUGGUCAGCGGGAGAAGCAGCAAGAAGUUGGGCGGAAAACAAACUGGGAAGGUGAGCCCAGCCCAGGAGAGCCAGGGGCCAUGGCUGCAGAUGGGGCAGGGGGUUCUCCUGCAGCCUCCCUGGACCCAGACCACCUCUACAACGUGCUGUUCGUCGGGGACUCCCACGUGGGCAAAACGACGUUCCUGUACCGGCUGCACGCCGACACCUUCAACCCACACCUUACAGCCACUGUAGGACUGGAUUAUCGGAUCAAAAACCUGGUCGUGGACAACAAGCGCUUUGCUCUCCGCCUGUGGGACUCGGCCGGGCAAGAAAGGUACCGCAGCGUCACCAAGCAGUUUUUCCGGCGGGCGGACGGGGUGGUGCUGAUGUACGACAUCACGUCGGGGCGCUCCUUCUCGGACGUGCGGUACUGGAUGAGCUGCGUCCAGGAAGGAGCAGAGGACGGGGUCGCUGUUCUGCUGCUGGGGAACAAAACCGACUGCGCCACAGAGAGACAGGUCCCGACCGAGGAGGGGGAGCGCUUGGCCAAG